AUGCUUGAGCUCAUGACAGGCCGCAACGUCACCACCAAUUCGCUCGUCAUUCCCUCCGAGAAAGAAACGGAUCAGCAACUGCACCUUUUAGAAUGGGUCCAGCAGCAGCUGGCUCAAUCUGGCAGCAACAACAGGAUGGGAGCAGGCCUUAAGGACCCACGCAUGGAGGCGAGGGAUGAGUUGGUGUUGAGGGUGGUGCAGCUGGCGCUGCGAUGCACCGACAAGCAGAGCGCCACACGGCCGGCCAUGGGGGUGAUUGUAGCCGAGCUGGAGGCCGUGCUGGUGGCGCUGGGCGGCGAACGUAGCAACUCUGCCGCCCGGCAGGUGGAUCUAGAGGUGGAGUCACAGAGGGAGCCAGCCAGAGAUUUGGAUGCAGAUUUUGCUCUUCUUGAUGCAUUGCUGAAAGGGAACUGA